AUGAUUCUGCCGUCACAGGUGCGGACAAGAGUGUGGAAACGUCUGCUUCUGAGAGUCUCUGUCGAUGGUAUGGUAGACGUACUUAUGAUAAAAUGGACCACAAGUCGGCCAAUCUCUCUGAGGUUGGCUUUGUUCCGGUACGCAGAGUUUCUCGACAGCAACAAUCCUUUCGAUGUAGCAGCACUGCCUUUAUCUCCUCGAGACUCGCACUUGAUUAAACUCGCACACUCUUUCGGCUUGUUCGGGAGCUUGUUCGUUGGUGGUUCGGCCACUUCAGACAAAUACAUUGCCCGAGAUAUAGCGGAGGGUUGGGUUUCAGAUCUUCGACUGUCGUUGUCCAACAAAGCCUUGCUCCAUGCUCUCAUCGCUCUGCGUGCCUCUAUUUGUGCUGGUGGGCGCAAAGAACGAAACGAGCCCUACACCGCCUACGCCGCCAAACACAAAUUAGUCGCAAUUUCGAGCCUUCGCGGUGUUUCGAUAGACCAGCUCCGGACAUAUCCUACCCUGAUUUUGAUCUGGCUCUUGAUAGCCUGUGAGUUCUACCUUGAAGAUAUCGCAGCCGCAGAUGUGCACCAGAGAGCACUACAUCACCUCUUCGGCGACAUGACGAGAUCGAGGGGGCACGCUCAUAUAUCUGCUGGCAGAAGUGACAUCUGGACAGCGGCUAUACUAGGUCAACGAACUCGAUCCCCGGAAGGCGAUCACGAUCCUGGUCCAUGGCGACAGUGUUUCUCUACCGCUGCCUUGAGACUAGCGAACGGAUAUGCAACCGUUUCCGCACAGAAUUAUCCGGAGACGCUCCUAGUCGAUAGCUCACUCCGCUUCAACAUCAAGCUGUUUGCGAUCUUGGAAAGACUCAGAGAUGUUGGUUUCAUUGACGGGGCUGCCAAAAAGUCGGCAUGGACGGCUGAAAAUCGCGAUGUGGAGCAUGAAAUAAAGAGGUGGUUGCAUUUUUACCGUGUGGAGACCUCGAAACUCCUGAACAAUGUCGCCGUGGACCAUACAGAGGCGCUAUCGUCGAAAAGCUUAGGCUCCGAGCUCGUCCGAUAUCAUGCGCUGAGCUGCGCAAUGGCACUAGCUCUGCGCUGCCAAUGGCUGCUCAUCGGCCACAUAACUUCGGUUUCCGAGAUUUAA